AUGCUUGUGACAACGACGGCCAUUUAUGGGGAAGAGUUGGAUCGCAUAAAGAAGGAUCUUCACCAGCAAGGAGUGACCUAUGUUGCAGAGCUGACCACCUCAACCAAUGUGCUCAUCGCCGGGAGGAGCGAGGGGGGCAAAUGUCGAGUGGCCAGAGAAAGGGGAAUUCCUUGCGUCACGCCAGCCUGGGUCCGGCUGGGGCGUUGUUUUAUAAGCAGAAUAGGGGAGUUUGAGAUGGGGCGAUCCCUACUCGGACUGGAAGUAUGCAGCACUUCACUAUCUAUCGAUGAAGUUGGAUUUGUGCGCCGAGCGUGUGAGACCCAUCGGGCAAAAUACAAUGCGUUUUUGACCCGAAGGUGUGCAGUGUUGGUGGUGCCAAAUGGCAAAUUCGUUGAGGAUCAAAGUGAGAAGCUUCAUUUUGCAAGGGAAAAUCGUAUUGAUUUCUUGCCGUACGAUAAAUUCAUGAAACGGUAUUGCUUCGCCACUGAAUUACAGCGAAACCUGGCGCCUGUCUCACGUCAACAACCUUUAGGGAAUGGCAUACAGGGAUUGGUGGUUUAUUGCACUCCCGAAAGUCUUAUGACAGAGACAAUUAGUUCUCUUUUUGAGAAAGUUGGUGUGCAGCGUGUACCAGUGCUAACACCUCUCACAACACAUGUGUUGGUGUUGGAGCCGACGAAUGAAGUUUUUCCCCAACGCCCUAAUUUAGAGUUUGUGUCGGUUGCAUGGUUGGAGGAAUGCGCCAAACAGCAAAAGCAAGUGGCUGUGGAAUCAUAUCGAGUAUCCGUUUUUCAGCUGCCAGUCAUUACGUUUACAGGUGUUCCGCGGGAAGAAAGGAUGGCCAUCCUUUCCUGUUUAGAGGAAAGGGGGUUGUCUUGUUUGAUGCAGGAGGACUUUGUGCUUGGCAGGAUGGCCGAUGAUUCUAGUGGUCAACGCAACACCACCCAUCUUGUGACAGGGCGAUCCGCACUGCUCCAGUCGUCCAAGGUUGCCGCACUCAGUUGUCGGGUCUACAAGUUGCGGCGGAAGGAAUGUUUUCUGGUGGAUGUGGAGUGGCUGCGUCGCUCGCUGGAGGUUGGAAGUUGGGUUGAGUUGACACAAUUCUCUUUGGAAGUACCACCCAUCUCCGCAUUUGGAUGGGCGACGAAAAGGACGCGCAAAACCCUUGCUGCCGCAACCGCCCCUGACAUCAACAAUCACAUGGCCGAGGAUUAUGAUAAUAAGAGGGGACUGUCAUCGCCGUGUUUCUUAGCCAGAGAAAAAGGGGAUGAAAUGCUGCCUUCGCGAUCUCUUGAAUUGCUCAUUGAGGAGUUGGAGUCGAAAACCAGCGGCCGAGGCAGCGCAUCAACAACGCCAAUUAUUGCGGUCUCACAGUCCGUGUGGCCAGAAAAAAUCCGUCUUUC